UCCUUCUCAACCACCUCUACGGAUUAUUAGACAACCGAGAGAAAAGUCGUCUCAUUUGGUUACAUGGCACGGCGGGUAUUGGAGAGAGUGUUAUCAUCAUCUCCUUAGGCGUAGAUGUUGACAACGACAUCUUUUUCCUGCUGUAUUCCUCGAAGGCAUUCGAAACCUCGCUAUAAUAUCCUGCCGCCAGCGACAGCUGAACUCGGGCGGCUGGCGAGCCGAGUGGGCAAAUGUUUCAUCGUGGUGUCUGCGAAGAUAAAGUUCAUUGAUGAUGGGUACAAUGAUCACAGUGAUCGGCUUCAGCUCAUGCUCGAACUCACGCGUGCACUGCUACCAGGAACAGAAGUGCAUACAUGCACUUGUCCGUGGUUGCUGUGGUGGCGGGCCCUCUACUGCUGUCACACUUCUUGGUCCUGGUCAGGCCAGGGAUGCAGAAAUAACACUGUUGCAACUACAAUGUGUCAUGAAACAUUCCUACCGAUAGCAGUCUUCCCGUCAAUAUUCACCACUCGUCCCUUCGUGAUUACGUUUUCAAUCCCUCAAGUUGCAACCUCUAUCAAGUACAACACUUUAUACAAUCUCACUGCUUAUUCGCCCAUUCGCCCUUCCGCUUAAUGAUGUACAACAUUCUAGGAAGUACGGCUCUCUUGAACGCCUUCUUAGAAUCCAAGAACAAGAUCCGAGAUAGGGAGACCCGCGACCAGAGCUUAAAGGAGUUAUUAACCUUCACUAUCGAGCCACCGGAGCCACUACAAGUUCUUAUGGUUCUAUUGUGAUUC